AUGCCGGUCGCGCUGCUAAUGGUGGCUAUCGUGCUCUACUUUUUCCGGUUCAUCUACGAAGAAGUUGUCACCGCUAUCCCCAUGAACGGUGGCACCUACAACGCCCUAUUGAACACCACCUCGAAGCGUGCAGCCGCUGUAACUGCCUGUCUGAGUAUCUUGUCGUACGUGGCCACGGGUGUGGUCUCAGCCACGUCAGGUGUCCAUUACCUGGACACCCAGGUGGAUAUUCCCAUUGUCGCCUGCACCAUCGCGCUCUUGUUUGUGUUCGCACUGUUGGCACUUGUGGGCAUCGCUGAAAAUUCCCGUGUCGCUCUCGUCAUCUUUCUGCACCACAUCGUGGUACUGAGCAUUCUGGUGGUGUCAUGCGUAGUGCACGGCAUCAAAAACCCACACAUCUUCCGUGAUAACAUGGAGGCGGACUUCCCCGAGGUGGACUUUGCUGGCACGAUGCUGGACGGCAAUGCGUGUUCUUCGGUUUCGGUGCUGCAAUGCUGGGUAUCACUAUUUUUUGAGUCAUCGUCCAGCUACGUCGAGGAACAAGCUCCCGGAGUGUUCCGCAAGACCCUACGUAACAUGUGGGCCUUGGCCUCCUUCUUCAACGUUUGCCUCGGAGUUGGCAUCCUUGCCGUGUUGCCACUUGGUGGCGACAACGGCAUCUAUGCAAGCUCUGAUGCUUUAUUGUCAAAAGCCGCUGAGGAGUCUCUUGGAAGUUGGUUCAGUACCUGGGUCAGCGUCGAUGCAUUCAUUGUCCUCUCGGGUUCCGUUCUGACCUCGUACGUCGGUAUAUGUGGAUUGGUGCGUCGACUUGCAACGGACCGAGUGUUGCCAAGUUUCUUGGCCACGACCAACAAGUUACGCGGUACGAACCACAACAUCAUCGGCGCGUUCUUCCUCUUGUCUGCGAGUCUCGUGCUGCUCCUCGAUGCAGACUCCGGUAUCAUGAACGGUGUAUACACGUACGCGUUCCUGGGUUUGAUGGCGCUGUUCGCCAGUGCUGCUAUGCUACUGAAGGCAAAACGUCCUGAAAUCCCACGCGACGUCAUUGCGCCGUGGUCGGUACUGGUGCUUGGGCUGAUCAUGAUGGUAGUGGCGAUUUUCGCUAAUCUGCUCGGAGAUCCGUCGGUGUUGAUGUACUUUGCGUUGUACUUCAUCUCCGUGGCUCUUGUCAUGUUCAUCAUGUUCGAGCGUGUUAUGAUUCUGCGUUGUCUGUUGGCGUUGAUGAAGAAGACGGCGCCGUCACAGUACGCGAAGGACACUGCGGUCAGCUAUUUCCGAACGCGAGAUACCCCAGAGGUGGAGCACACAGGAGCGCGUGGAGGUCGCACGAUCGCUCGAGCCAUCACGAGUAUCCGUAGUGCUCCUAUCGUCUUCUUCUGCAAGCGGCCGGACUUGACGAUCAUCAACAAGGUGAUCGUCUACGUGCGUCGCAAUGAGCAGACGCACACACUCCGUAUCGUGCAUGUCUUCUCGGGCGAAGAGAGCGACGUCCACGUACUGGAGGCAUUCCGUAACCUGGCGGUGCUGUUCGACAGUAUGUACCCGAAGAUCCGCAUCGACUUCAUGUCUGUGCAGGGCGAGUUCAAUCCCGCGACGAUCGAGUGGCUGUCCAAGAAGAAGGACGUACCGCGCAACAUGAUGUUCAUCACACAGCCCGAUAUGGUGUCGGCUGAGUGCGUUUCGUCCGUCGGCGUCCGUGUUAUCACGGCAUGA